AGCCAUUUUGGCUCAAGGUCAGGCUGGCUCAAGGCUCCACGCGGGGUCCCCUGAGCUCGGCAUGGUGGCUGCGGGAGAGCCCCUCCGAGGGGUAGCCGGUGCGCGCGCGUCCGCCGACCGGCUCAUUUUCAAACUGAAGAACAGGCUGGAGGCCGCUGACCGCAAGGCUCUCGCCUUCGAGUCUGCGCUGCUGCACCUCUUCGGCGACGCGGAGGUUGCGGAGAGGGUCGCCUGUAUUCUUCCUGCCCUCACGUCCCUCCUCGCGGGCGAGCGGCCCGAGGCGCUGGACAUCCUUCGGCGCAACGUGGCGCUCCACUCCGAGGGGCCCUGCGGCGUGUCUCUGGUCUCAGCUGGCCAUGCCGAGCUGCGCAAGGCCCAGAAGCACGCGCGCAGGCUCGAGGCGAGGAGGGCGGACACCCAGCCCGCGGCUCACGUGCUGUUGCAGGGCUCCCCGCCCCUCGAGGCCGAGAGCGGGCUCCGUCGUGACGCGGCCCCUUUCGUCCCGAGCUCGGGCUGCUGGGUGCCGCUGGACGGCUGCGGCCGCCUCUGUACGUGCGGCGCGACGUGCUACUCGUCGCGCUCCCCGCUGCCGCUCUCUGGUGAGGAGGUGUUCGAGGAUCACGGCGACGAGGACUCUCCGUGUGGCGAGGCGGCUGCUGCUGAGUUUCCGACCAGGGGCGUCCCCCCCGCCCUGGUCGACGGCUCCGAGGGGGUGAGUGGGGCCGCGGGCCCGCCGCAGGGCGCCGUGCCAGUUUCGCAGCUUGGCAGUGCGGCAUCUCGUCGUGCCCCUGGCUGGUGGCUGGCGCGCGCGGCAGUCGCCAGAGUCUGGCUGGGGCCAUCGCUGGACGAGGACGCCGUCCCCGAGGCUGCGGGCGGUGUGCUGCGGGUGCGGAGAAUCCGCUUUGCAGAUGCCCCGCGCGUUUUCGAGAUUGGGAGCUGCUCGGGCAUGCGUGGUAUUCUUCGGCGGGGGAGCGCGCCAGGGUUUCUGGACCCCGCCUGGACGCGCCACGCAAAAGCCGUUGACCUCAUGCACAUGAUCGAGGGCGACUCCUUCGGCCUCAGGAUUCCUCCCACACGGAGGCCGCUGCAUCAUGGGGCGAGGUUCGCGGUCGGGCCUCGUCUGGUUGAAGCCCUUCCGCCUGGGAUGUCUGAUGAGCGUGCCAGAGAGAUCGAUCGCCUUAUCGUAUUGUGCGGAGGACUGUAGCUCAGUGAGUGAGUGGAUUAGUGCAGCUGCGAGUCGUUUGGGAAUUGGUGUCGUAUCUAUCCCUUUCGGUCCUGCACUUGGUGUGGUCUUGUGUAGUAUAUGCUCUUAUCAGUGCUGCACUUGAUGGUGUUCUUGUGUAGUAUAUACCAGGGGCUUCGCCUUCUGUCUGUGCUGCAUGUGUCUGGGAGGGGGCCCAAGGUGGCCUCCUCUGCUUGCGUUCUGGCCACCGCUUGCCUUGAAGGCCCCGUCUCUAAACUUUAACUUUAACGCACAGGACUGCACGGACGCACAUGCGGACGCGCAAACGCACGGACACCACGACAGAAUUGCGCAGCGCAUGCGAAGAACGUAGGAUAUCUCAUGAGCCCAGGGCAUGAAAAAGGACGCUUUCCGUUCUUGUCCGGUCAGGUGUUUUUCAUCCUUCUUGUCUUC